AUGGCUAAAAAGCAAAAAAAGCCUGUGGAACAAAACGAGACGGAGCAAGAUUUCACGGCGGUGGAAAAAUCGGAAGGCAAACAGAAGGAGCUCGUCAAAGCUCCAUCAUCUUCUCCAACAGCUUCUGCUGCCGCAGAUCCAGAUUCUAUCCCGGAGAACAAGAAUGCUGAGACGUCUUCUGCUGUAACCUCACGGAAGACAAAGAAGAAGAAGAAGAAGCAGCAGCUACCGAUCGAAGAAGAAGAGCCUGAAGGUACUCAUGAGCAAGAGAGGCUCGUUUUCCAAACUCCAACACACUCUCCUUCUCUCGCCAUAGCCGAGACUGAGACACAAGAGACGCAAGAGACAGAGAGCAAGAAGAGGCCUCUCGAAGGAGGAAGUCCAUCAGCAGGAGACGUUGACACGAAACGGGUCAAAACAGAAGAGAACACAAACUUGCGGUUCCAGAGGGUGUGGACUGAGCAAGACGAGAUUGUUCUGUUGCAAGAGAUAAAAAGCUUUGGGUCUGAUCCCUUGAAGUCAAGGAAAAGAAGGAGAAGCAAAAAAAAGAAGAUUUUCCGCACUCCUCACAAGAAGAUACUUCAUGAAAUGGCUAAAGAGAUUUGGGGGUCAAGUGUGGAAGAAGAAGAAGAGAAGAAGAAGACUCACGGAGAUGAAGGUUGGUUUGAGAAAUCCUUUUUACUUGGUUCUAUUGCUAGUUUUGGCUUGGGAGAAAAGGGAGUCAAAGAAGGAUGGAGUCUUGUUUCAGCGGAGAAGAAGGAGAAGAUCAGAGAGGAGUUGAGACUGUCUGUGGCUGAAGAAAUCAAGUCAAUGAUGCGCAAGUCGAGGCUUGUGAGUGAAGCGAUGUCUAUGAUUGCGGAUGCUACAAGUUAG